AAUCUAAAGAAGAAGAAGAAGAAGAAGAAGAAGAACGCAGCUCCUAGUAGUGAUAUCUCCGAGGCGCUCCUGAAGGCAGCAGAGAUGUUCGCGGAGCUGCGGUUCAGAGACGGUCAGAAAGAGAAACUCUCCGUUAAAGUAGAACCGGAUCUGAGUUCUGUGAUCAGCGGAGUCCAGGAGCUCAGAUCCACCGUGAAGAUCCUCCUAAGCGGGCUGGUGGAGCAGGAGAGAGCUGGAGCAGGAGGUGAGGAGGAGGAGGAGCAGGAGGAAAGUGACGAAGGAGACAAGGGGCUUCAGAAAGCUCGACUACAACCUCCUGCUAAAAAAUCCAAAAACACCUGAGGACUCGUCCUCAAACACCUGGGGGCUCGUCCUCAAACACCUGGGGGCUCGUCCUCAAACACCUGGGGGCUCGUCCUCAAACACCUGGGGGCUCGUCCUCAAACACCUGGGGGCUCGUCCUCAAACACCUGAGGGCUCGUCCUCAAACACGUGGGGGCUCGUCCUCAAACACGUGGGGGCUCGUCCUCAAACACCUGAGGACACUUUGAACACCUUUUGUUGUAGUGGGAUGUGUAGUGUAUAUUUCUAAUUAGGCCUAUCAACAGGUGUUUCUGUCUGCAGUGAGAUGGUCCCCCUGCUCCGUGAUCACUCCCACACACACCAGUCUGUGCACUGGGAUGUGUGUGAGUGCACCAGUACUUCCUGUCUUACUCUGAGCAGCUGGUGACCUGGGUAAUGACUGCAGGGAGUUUGUAAAGCCAUGGAUUACUUCCUGUACCUUUUCAUAAUAAAAGCUUUUAAAUACUGA